CCGCAUCUGCUUUCGUCCCCGACCGAAAAAAAAAACAGAGAGAGACGGAAGAAGAAAAGAAAAGUCAUGAAAUAUUUUCGUAUGUCUUCCUUUCCUAAUUCCUCUCUUCCAGAUCGAUGUUCAAUUUCAUCUGGUCCGUUCAUUGGCUCAAUCGAUCUGCAAUGGUAUUUAUAGGGUCUGUAUCUCUCGUAGCUUGAAUUGGGACAGCGAGUCCUUGAAGGAGAGUGGAGGGGAAGAUUUUGGUUGGAGAAAUGACGAAUUUGUAUGGAGAUUUCAAUCAGAAGAUUGAUUACGUCUUCAAGGUUGUCUUGAUCGGUGACUCAGCAGUCGGAAAAUCUCAGCUGCUGGCGCGGUUUGCGAGGAACGAAUUCAGCUUGGAUUCAAAGGCCACGAUCGGGGUCGAGUUCCAGACGCGGACGCUCGUCAUUGAUCACAGGACCGUCAAGGCGCAGAUCUGGGACACGGCAGGACAAGAAAGGUACCGGGCGGUGACGAGCGCUUACUACAGAGGGGCAGUUGGAGCAAUGCUGGUAUACGACAUGACAAAGCGUCAGUCAUUCGACCAUGUAGCAAGGUGGUUGGAGGAGUUACGUGGCCAUGCUGAUAAGAACAUUGUCAUCAUGCUCAUUGGCAACAAGUCGGACUUAGGGACGCUCCGAGCAGUCCCCACUGAGGAUGCCAAGGAAUUUGCGCAGAGGGAGAACCUUUGCUUCAUGGAGACAUCUGCCCUAGAGUCCACCAAUGUUGAAACAGCCUUCCUAACAGUCUUGACGGAGAUCUAUCGGAUCAUCAGUAAGAAGGCCUUGAUUGCCAAUGAUGAACAAGAAUCUGGAGGGAAUUCGGCCCUUCUCAAGGGAACCAAGAUCGCCGUCCCUACCACAGAACAAAGGCCUGGUGAGAAGUCAGUCACCUGCUGCUCAGCCACAUAGGCAUGUUCUCCCAAAGUUGUGUUUCAUGGGACAUCCUUCACUUUUUUCUUUUCUCUUUUUUAGCUUUUAUUGUUUCUGUCUAGGGAUGUCUUCUCUUGGGGUUGCAUUGCCUAUCAUUUUUCUAGAUGAAGUUUCAGUCAGCAUAUCUUUCCUCGUUCUUUGUAAGUUAGCGAAAGCUUGUGAGAUAACAGAGGGAUUCUAAACAGCCUUAAGUUCAAAAGGUUUUUGGUAAGUUUCAAAGCUAGUUUCAUAAAGUUCUCCGA